GUUUUGAAGCAGAUCCAUUCACCUGCAGUCGACGCAUCCGACCAGGACCCGAGUCUCUCAGAGCGUCUGUACAGGAAACGGAAUGCUGUUUUUCAGACAUGGCCUCCAACUUGUCAGAGGAGCAGUUUCACUGCUGCAUCUGUCUGGAUUUCUUCCACAACCCCACCUCCAUCCCAUGUGGACACAACUUCUGCCUGAAGUGCAUCCAGCGCUUCUGGGACACCAGACGGAAGUCGGUGUGUCCCGUUUGCAAAAAAGCCUUCAAAAUACGUCCAGAGCUCACGAUCAACUUCGGCUUGAGAGACAUCACUAAUGGCUUCAAAGGGUCUCAAAUCAAGAGGAAAAAGCCACUGUUCAAGUCGAUCCUGAAACAACCCUCGCAGGGCGAAGUUCCCUGUGACACCUGCCACAGAGACAAGGCGACUGCGGUCAAGUCGUGCCUCGUCUGCCAGACGUCGUACUGUGAGAGUCACCUGACUCCUCACCUGAGGGAUCCAGGGUUGACGAAGCACCGACUAACGGAUCCGGGAACCUUCAGUCGCCUCUGCAGGAACCACAACAGGCUGCAGGAGAUGUUCUGCCGGACCGACCAGAUGCCCGUGUGUGCGAAAUGCAAUGCGAAGGACCACAAGUACCACAAUGUCGUCCCCAUUGAGCAGGAGAGCAGGACGAUCAAGACUUGGAUCAAGAAGACUGAGGCCGAGGUCCAGCAGAUGAUCCAGGGCAGAGUCAGAAAGAUUGAGCAGAUCAAGAACUCGGUGCAGCUGAGUAAAACUCAGAAAGACAAAGAAAUACAGACGAGUGUGGAGGUCUUCACGAUGGUGAUAAGUGCCAUCGAGAGAAACCAGGCUCUGCUCAUCGAGGAGAUCGAGAAGAAGCAGGAGGCGACUGAGCAGCGCGCCGAGGAGUUCCUCAGGGAGCUGGAGCGGGAGAACAGCGAACUGCAAACAAGAAGCUGCGAGCUGCAGGUUCUGGAGAACACGGACGACCCGCUUUAUCUACUGCAGUGCGUCCCGCGACUGAGUGUCCCGCUGUCCACCAGAGACUGGUCCGAGGUGCAAGUCCACUCCGACGUCUACAUCGGGACAGUGAGGAGAGCCUUAUCCAAGCUGGUGGAAACCUGCCACGACCUGGAGAAGAAUCUGUCCUCGGACGCAGUGGGCAGGAUAACUCGAUAUGCAGUGGACGUGACUCUGGACCCUGCGACGGCUGCGGGCUGGUUGAUUCUGUCCCCGGAUGGAAAAAAGGUGAGUCUCAGCAAAAUGCAGAGGAAAGUCUUGCUGCCCGACGAGCCUCGCAGGUUCGACGCCUGCGUCUCCGUCCUGGGAAAACAAAGCUUCACCUCCGGGAGACACUUCUGGGUCGUUCAGGUCGGAGAUAAGACGGAUUGGGAUCUGGGUGUAGCCCGGGAGUCCAUUAACACGAAGGGCGCCAUCAUGGUGCGUCCCGACAGCGGUUACUGGGCGAUCUGCAGGCGUAAAGGCGGCAGCCUGAGCGCCUGUGCUGGCCCCUCCGUGCCCCUGCCCCUGCUGGAGACCCCACAGCGAGUCGCCAUCUUCCUGGACUACGAGGACGGAUCCGUGUCCUUCUACGACGCGGACACGAAGACUCACAUCUACACCUACAGCGGCUGCUCCUUCACCGAGCCCCUCUACCCCUACUUCAACCCCUGUCUGCAUGACAACGGCAGGAACGCCGCCCCGCUGGUCAUCUGCCCGGCGGAUGGUUGCGUGGAGGUCUGAACAGGAAACUGGGGAAAAGUCCAUUCACAAAUCCUGAUCCGAUAGGAAUGAACCCCGACACAUCAGCUGAGCGUCGCCUCUGUUUCUGAGAGUUAUUGUAGAGACACAACACGAUAAGAGAUCGCAAUGUGAUUGGAUGUACAGAAGAUAUAUGUAUUAUAUAUCCAUUUCCUUAUUCCUCCUCUUUAAUGCUGGUUGGUAACCAGCGAGUCUUUUGUUUCCUUUCACCUUCAGUAAAGUUUGAAAGAUUUAAGGAUGUUUUUUAAAAACCAAUAUAUUCUUCAUUUUGAUAAAAAGUUGUGGUCUGAUGUUCACUACAACGAACCUGGACUUCUGACCUCUGACCCUAACCCGAUUGAUGUUAAACGCAGCAUUUAAAUACUUCAUCUAUGUUUAAUUGAUAUAUAUAUAUAUAUAUAUAUUGCUGUAUUAUUAUACUUAUCUUUAACCUACGCCUGUGAGGAAAGUAGCAACUUAACACAAGCUGUUUAUUUCUGACGGUGUGAGUUUUCUGUGGUGAAAGACUUUAUGUACAUAUUUUAAAUAAAUGUACUCAAACAGUUA